ACAGAUAGAAGGUGUCUGGCUAAUAUACACUAGUUUUUGACUUAACAGCACUAUUCCAUUAACACCGUGCACACAGCAACACGUGUGGAGAAACAGAGCCGUUUUAAUACUGGAAUGAAUCCAAAAGGGAGAAGCAAGGGGGGCUGAUCUACUGAGAGUGACACGCUUUGCAGCUGUGGAGAAGUUCUCAUGGUGUGAGAAGGGAAGAAGCAGGCAGGACACUGCUGGGGGCAGGGUGUGUAGUGAGUGUGUGAGGCUGCAGCAGUGGGGUGGUGUGGGGUCAGCAUGGCUGGGGUGGUGGUGUGUUGUGGGGCAGUGAACUCCAUCAAGGCUCUUUGGGAAAGCAGGAUAAAGAAAAGCAAGCAAGACCGGCAGAAAGAGAGAGAUCUCCGGGACAAGGCUUCUGUUGGCAGGCUUGCACAUGCUUGGGAAGAUCGCAUCGCGUUGGCUAAACUCAGAGAGAAGGUGGUGACAGAGGAUGGAAGGGUUAUCCUGCGGAUAGAGAAAGAGGAAUGGAAGACGCUCCCCUCAGUCCUGGCACAGCUCCCCGAGCUGCAGGAAUGGCAGCUGCACCGGACAGGACUGCAGAAGAUCCCUCGCUUCAUCCACAGUUUUCCCAAUCUCAUUGUGCUGGACCUGUCCCGGAACAACAUCACCGAGAUUCCCAAAGAGAUCGGUAAGCUGACCAGGCUGAGGGAGUUGCUUGUGAGUUACAAUAGAGUGAGUAAUGUUCCCGAGGAGCUGGGUUGCUGUGAAAACCUGGAGAAACUGGAGCUGGCCUCCAACUGGGAUCUGGAUGAGCUCCCAGCACAGCUAAGCAACCUCAAGAAACUGUACCAUUUGGAUCUCUCCAUGAACCAUUUCACUACCAUCGCAGAAAACAUUCUCAAUUUGCCUGCGUUGGAGUGGCUCGAUAUGGGCGGAAACCGGAUUGAAAAUCUCCCAGAAGACAUUCACAGAAUGGAGAAGCUGCACACCUUGUGGCUGCAGAGGAACGAGCUUGAGUACUUGCCUGACAACAUCAGCUGCAUGCAUAAUCUGGAAACACUGGUGCUCAGCAGCAACAAACUACGUGACAUUCCACGUUUAAUGGAAGGCAUGACUAAUCUCAGACCUGAAAACCUCAGAGGAAGACGAAGAAGAGGAUGACAGAGAGAUGUUUGGCCGAGAUUUCAUGCACACCUACAUCCAAGAAGCCAGAAAGAGAGGUUAUGCUGUGCUUAAUGUUCAUUUUGCACAUCAGGGGGUAGCAGUAUGAAUCUUUAUUUCAGUUUGAAUAAACACUGCAUCAUGUAACGUAACUUUUAAUAAGAAAUGUUCAUACAUCUGUAAGCAGUUUUUUAAUUUAAGAUUUUAUUUUUAAAUGUGUUUUUCAGAACCCCCAACCAAUUACACUUCAGUAUUAAAUGUGACCAUCCCAGCUGUACCAGGGACAGAAGCAGCACUGUGACAGCGCUCCGCGUUGGCUUUCCUCUACCUUCUGCUUCCUGUCAGUCCUGUCCAUUACGUCUGUCUACCUCUUCCUGUCUUCUGCUUCCUGUCAACUGAGUCCUGCCACUGCCUCCUGUCAACCGUAUCUUGUCCACCAUGUCAAGUCAAGUAAUCUCUAUAACUGCAUAAAGAACAAUGGAUCUUUUGGAAUGGUUAUCCAUUAACCGUAAGCAAGUUCUUCAAUAUGCAAACCAGGAAGCGCAUAUUGUGCCAGUGGCCACUAGGGGUGCUGCAGUGCCGUUCUUGCGUGAUGUGCCGUGCGCAUCUGUGCCUGUCUGCUCCUGUUACGCGUCUUCAGCCAGUGGGCACAGCAGUCAGCAGCACGUUUUCCAAGGAGACGUCCCUGCUGGUGUAGUACUGCAGGCUAGAGCAGAAGCCUUUCCGCCGCAGGAAGUCCACCCGGCCGUGAUCGAUCAGCAGCUUGCACAGACGGCCCACGUGCUCACGGUCCUCUGCCGACACCACCCUUAGGGACGCACAGGGACACAGGGCCGAGAUAAGGACAGGAAUAGAUGAAAUGAAAAAUGGCUGGAUUAAAUAAUGCACAAGUGUGUGGACUGGAUAGGACUAUGGGUGAGAAUGUAAAGAAAGGCAUAGAAGACAAGAAAAACUAUAUUAAAUGUGAAAAGGCAAACAUACAUUACAUUUUAGUCAUUUAGCAGACGCUUUUAAUCAAAAGUGACCUACAAGUGCAUAAGUACCUGAACAAAUGAAAAGCAUGAAAUCCAUAAAUAGCAAAACACGCAUUUAGAGCAGUUAUAACCACAUACUUGUGUCUAAAGUAGGAUUGCAGUACCUUGAAAUGGAAUACAGAGCAGCCUUAAAUAUCUGAGACAUCAUGCAAGUUUUUAAUAAGAAAAGAUAGACAAAAUACAAUAUAAAAUGCCUUUGGUAUGUCCCAUCACUGCAAUUCCCUGCCAUUAAUAUGAGAGCGCACAAACUAGCAUGCUUGUACAGAAACACAGUGGCUGUUUAUUUUCCACUCUGCAAUGCAAACCCUUUAGCCCUCAUCGACAAGCUUCUCAGCAAAGGCUUUUAAGACCAAAGCUUACCCGUCCAGGCUGCUCGGUACAGUAUCAUCGGCAUGCUCGUGGUCUUCCUCUUCGCACCGCUCGCUGCCGCCCCCCGGUGGCAGGGCUCCGUCACUGCGGUCAGCGGCCUUCCUCAGCCCGCAGGUGGCCCAGCUGGACAUGCGCUGGAGCACGGUGAACUCCGGCGCGCCCAGUCCUCGCUCCCUGAAGAAGUCCUUCCCCACAUAGUGCCUCCAGUCACAGCGGUGGUGGCAGCACAGAGCGAUGGCGAGCCCAGACACCGGCACGUCCGCCUGCGCGUUAGCGCCUACCGCCCCAGGGGCAGGCUCUGCGUCCGCCCCCAGCCCCUCACUCCACUGCUCCUGCUUCAGACGCUUUCUGGGCGGCUGUUCGUUCUGCUCUCCCUGGUCCCCUCCAGGGUCUCCCAGCAUGCACCGCAAAGCCAGGUCUGAUGUGUGCAGAGGAGAGCAAGCACAAAACAAACAACAUGGUGAAGAGAGAAAGGCUGGUGUUAAAAUGUGGUAAAAUGUCUCAAAUCAAUUUUCUUUUUUAUUGAGUUGAACGUGGGUUAUGCAAAGUUUGUGUAGCUCAGCCUUACCUGUAGCUGCCCCACACAGGUGCUUGCCCACCCCAAUGACAGGCAGUCCCUUUUCACACAGCAAGGGCACUUUACCUUAAAGCCAACACAACACUCAGAUCAAAUGUGGGUCAGUGUGUAAAACUCCAACAGUCUGUGAUAGCAAUGUGCAGGGGAAAACACAAUCUAGGGAAAUUAUCUCUUGCUUUUUUUGUGGUUUGUAUCUUUUAAUAAAUAUUGACUUUAA